AUGGAGACCACACCGAAGACAACCAAAUCAAAAUCUGUGUACGGUACACCCUGCUAUUUAAAAUCAAGCCCAUGUGAAUCCAGUAACGUUAGUGUGCGAAAGGUAAGGACGGUCUACCAGAACCAGGCAUGUUUGCAAUGUAAUUUACAGUGAAAUCUAGCUAGCAAAGUAGCUACCUAGCUAAUCUAUGUAGCAGCCAGUAGCUAAUCUCAUUUGUUUCAAACCCCUCUAAUUGUACUGAAUACACUUCAUACAAAGAUAGCUACAGUAUAUAGUUAGUUAGAUACUAUUUCUUAACGUUUCUGUCAAACCCCUUUAACAACAUACAUAUUUAACGUGUGAUGUCUUUCUAAAUUGGCUUUUCGUAUUCAAUAAUGGGCCUAUGGCAUGAUUCUAGCAGGUGUUCAGUGUCAUUCACUUGGGCUCCCGAGUGGCACAGUGGUCUAAGGCACUGCAUUUCAGUGCUUGAGGCGUCACUACAGACCCCCUGGUUCGAUUCCAGGCUGUAUCACAUCCGGCCGUGAUUGGGAGUCCCGUAGGGUUUGGCCGGUGUAGGCCGUCAUUGUAAAUAAGAAUUUGUUCUUAACUGACUUGCCUAGUUAAAUAAAGGAAAGAUAAAUAAAAAUUCACAAGUGUCACAUUUUCUCUCUCAGCCAAAACAGCAGAUGAGUUCUUCUCUGAAGGAAAGACUAAAAAGAUCAAGACGUUCCUUCACCUCUCCUGUUUCCGUGGCCAAACGUCUUAACAUCGAUGAAGAUGACAAACUACCCUCAACAGCAGACAAAAGGACAGAGCAUGGUGCCAAAACAGACAGACAUAAGAAUAUUGACAUCAACAGAAAUGAUACCACACCCAGUAAAUGUCCAGAGACUAGAAGGGCUGGGGUACCUUGCCCCAUGCCUGAAUCAGCUCAACCCACUCCUACAGACUUGCUACAACUAGGAGACCAACUGAAGAGAGAGGUUAAAGAAAGGACAGAGACUCUACGGAGACUGAAGAUGGUGAAAAUGUACAGAAGCAAGGUAACUCCUCAACGAAAAUGCUAAAUGACAUAGGUGUUCUCAUAGUACAAAACAUUUGGUAUAGUUGGUUGUGAAUAUUCAAGCACUAAUGUUUAUUGUAUUUCCCAUCUCUCACUGCUCUCUAGAAUGACCUGGCACAGUUGAGAGUUUUGAUUGACAAGUGGCGGAGUUGUAGUCAGGCUGCGUUGUAUGAGCUCCAGUCAGAUCUCCCCAUAGAUGGCAGGAAAGCCAGCAUCUCCCAGCUAAUCGACCUCUUUGGUCUAGAGGACAGGAUACUUCACUUUGACCGCACAGAAGAGGACUUCACCAAUGCAUAG